AAAGCACCGUGAGAGUACAAAGUGAGGCCGCGCCCCGCAGCUGACUUUGGUGACCAACAUCUUAUUGCAUUUCUUCUCCAUCCUUACUUCACUCCCAGAACGAGAUUGAACUAGUCUUUCACCAAGCAACGAGGAAGAUCCGUACAACGAUGCCAGUCAAAAAAGCGAAAGAUGCUGCGAAAGCAAGUUCGGGCGCCCUCACCAUCACGGCCCAGCAAAGCCGCUUCCACACGGAGAUGGAUGAAGACAACAAUCUCAAAGAAAUCGUAGUAAAAGACCUGAACAUGUCCAUUGGCAACCGAGAAUUGCUCGCACACGCUUCAUUCAGUCUACAACGAGGUCGACACUACGUUCUCCACGGCAAGAAUGGCAUCGGCAAGUCGAAACUUCUACGAGCUAUUGCAACGGAUCAGAUACCAAGCAUACCGCGAGGCGUCAAAGUCCUGCUGCUAGGCCAGACGGAGUCGAAUUUCGAAGACGAGGUCGCAAAGCUGGAUGUCUCUACCGAGUCGGCCGGGCCGACGGUCUUGGAGUAUGUAUUGCGGAGCGACAAGGAUCGAGAGAGGUUGAUGGAGGAAUCGGAGACGCUGUCGACGGCGAUUGAGGCUGCUACUACUAAUCCAAUGGCGGGCGUGAGGGCUUAUCGGAAAGUUUCGCUAGGCAGAUUGCAGAGGGAGACGGAUCAGGCGAGGCAGAUUGCGUUGUUGAGGAGUGGAGGGCGAGGUGCUCAGUGGAGAAAAGUGCUGCUCAAGCUCGAAGAGGAUCUCAGCAUAGCUGAAGAGAAUCUUGAGGCAGAAGUAGGUCCUGCAGAGAUGGCUGAUGAAAGUCAGAAAGCCGCCGAGAUGCUGGGCCACGUGCAGACGUCGUUGGAGUUGAUGGACGCUGCAGCAUCAGAAGCAAAAGCUCGCGCAGUCCUGCUUGGCCUGGGAUUCUCCCAAGAAAGCCUCGAUCAACCACGCUCACAACUUUCCGGCGGCUGGCGUACAAGAUGCAGUCUUGCCUGCGCUCUAUGCCAGUCCGCCGACCUCCUACUCCUCGACGAGCCCACCAACUUCCUCGACCUACCCUCCAUCAUCUGGCUCGAAAGCUACAUUCAAGAACUCACACCAACCACGACCGUCCUAGUCGUUACCCAUGACCGAGCGUUCGGCGACUCCAUAGCAGAGGAGCUCCUCGUGCUCCGCAACCAAACCCUCGAACGCUUCCGAGGCAAUCUUUCCUCCUACGAGACUGAACGUCUAAAGUCGUAUCUAUACUUCUCCCGCAUGCAGAGUGCACUAGACAAGCAGAAGAAGCACCAGCAGUCCGCCAUCGAUAACAACAUCCAAGCGGCCAAAAAGUCCGGCGACGAUAAGAAGCUCAAACAAGCCGCUUCUCGAAAGAAGAAACUCGAUGACAAGAUGGGUCUGCAAGUCUCUGCCAAAGGCACCCGCUUCAAGCUCAAUCGAGAUCUUGCAGGUUAUCACCUCACCUCGCGAGACGAGAUUCCUGUCCCGGAAUUUGAUCCGCCCGCAACGAUGGUCAUCGCCAAGGAGCCUGUUGAUCUGCGAUUUCCGGGUAGUCUGGUGAGCUUCGAGAAGGUCUGCUUUUCAUAUCCGGCGGCUCCGAAGCGGAAGGCGACCCAGAUCUUGACGGAUAUCGACUUGACGAUUCAGAUGGGCGACCGCAUUGGGAUCGCGGGUCUCAAUGGAUCGGGAAAGUCGACACUCGUAAGUCUUGCCAUGGGUGUCGAGUCGGGUACGGGAAAGGUCGUUCUGCCCACAUCAGGCACUGUCGCUCGCCAUACCCGAGCGAAGAUCGGACUAUAUUCGCAGCAAUCUGCGGAAGAGAUGGAGAAGAUCGCAGCGGCAGAUCCGACGGCUACUGCUCUUUCGCACAUCGCCGCAUUUCUCGGGCCUGAGACAGUCGAGAAGGAUGCCCGUGCUCUUCUCUCCGGUGUUGGAUUGGCAGGCAAGAUUGCAUCGGACGUUCCGAUUGCGCUUCUCUCAGGUGGUCAGCGAGUACGCCUGGCAUUGGCGAAAGUCCUGGCCAAUCCGCCACAUGUCCUCAUCCUCGAUGAGGUGACAACGCAUCUGGACACAGACACGAUUCAAGCUUUGAUCAUAGCGCUGAAGACGUACGAAGGUGCGCUGCUUGUGGUGACGCACGACCGGUUCUUCAUGAGAUGUGUUGUGGAAGGCGAGUCGAUGAAGAAGUUUGCGGCGGUUUCGAGGCCGGAGGAUUUGGAGGAUGAUGGUGCGUCCACGGAGGAUAGUGAGAGUGAGGAUGGGGAUUUUGGAAAGAGGACGAGGGUGGUGUUUCGGCUGACGAAGGGCAAGCUGAGGAAGUUGGAGAGAGGGAUGGAGCAGUAUGAGGAGAUUGCCGCGAGGUCGGCGACGAAGUUGGGGAAGGUCUGAUUAGUUGAUC